AGUGCCUUGCAAAAAGCCAAAAUAAGAUUGAGUCAGCUGCUGGUUCACAGUGAAAGGUUGCUUUCCAGAAUCUUGACUCCAAUGCUUGUGCUCAUAUCUCUUCUCCACUCGUUGAUCAUCUCGGCAACUUUGCUUACAACAACCUCAACUCAAACCCAAGACUACCUUUGCAACUCUUCCUGUUACAAGAUGCAUCUGGUAUUCGACUUUGACGGAACAAUCACUCAGCAAGACUCGAUCGGGGAGCUUGCCCGCUCAGCUAUCGAGAUACAGCGGAACAGGAAAGGCCACGAUCUCCAGGCUUCAUGGGACCAAGUGGUCCAAGCCUAUGUUGCCGAUUACAGACACUAUAAAGAGAACCACCCAUCGCCAGAGGAUACGCGGAUAUGCAUGGAUCAAGAGUUUGAAUUUUUGUCUGGAAUGAAAGACGUGGAGGAGGCAUCGUUGCAGCGUAUUGCCGAGUCACAAAUCUUCGAAGGCUUGGACGCUGAGACGCUGUCGCAAGCGGGAGCCGACGCCGUUCAAGCUGGAAGGAUAAAGAUCAGAGACGGUUUCACUGAGGUCAUGAAAUUAGUGGCGGAUAGGAACUGGCGCGUGAGCGUUAUAUCGGUCAAUUGGUCCCGUUCCUUUCUUCGAGGUGCUCUAUUGCCACACGCGCUCGAUGUCAUUGCCAACGAACCAGUCAUGGACGGAACCAUCACCGGACCCGAGUUCUUCAACGGACGAAUGACAAACGCAAGAGAGAAGAAAGAGGCCCUGAAGCAUCUUAUCAAAGAGAAAGACGGGAGAGUGAUUUACUUUGGGGAUUCGACAACGGAUAUGGAGUGUUUGCUCGCGGGAGGGGUUGUGAUAUCGGACGAUGAAGAAUCUUCUUUGUUGAAGGCGUUGAAGAGAAUCAAAGUCAAUGUCCCACAUGUUAGUGACAAGAGAGAAAGAGACGGUAAAGUGAAAUGGGCAAGAAACUUUCGUGAAGUGUUGGAUAGCGGACUGUUGAAUGAACAAGCAUAAUAGUUCGUACCAGACAGUCAAAGGACUCCUUGUCUUUGUGAAAGACUUUAACCUUUAAUAAAUUGUCCCUCUUUGUUUCUAAAUUAAAGUGAC